UCAGAUGUGAAACACAGAAUUGAACAGACAGAAGUUGCAGUGUGUAUUCUGUCCACGUUUAUGUGUGUUUUCAUGUGUGUUAACCUGGUUUUCUGAUGUUUACCUGCCGCCCUCGUUAACGUUUUCUUUAUGCCUGUUAAGUCUCUAAAGCCUGUAAUCUCCACCCUCCACCGCCCACUGAUUAAAACACACACACAAUAAAACAACACACACACACACACACUCCAGUGAAUAUAUCGUAUGUCGCUGUGUGUGUUUCCAGAUGUUCUCCGUUUGGAUUUGACCUAUUCUCCAUUACAUGCUGAUCUGAACAGCUUAUGGUGUUUUUCUUCAACACUGUCAUAUGACAUUUAAACCUCAGGGAGCCACACAGCGAUGCUUCCUGUUAAAAAUCUUUUUUUUUUUUGUUUUCCCAGAUGGUUGAAUCAGUUUAUCGCUUCCGUUUAUGAAUCGAUUACUCAGGUCAGCAGAAAGUAAUGUUGAGACGUGGUUGGACAUCCACACGAAUGUGUAUUCGCGUUUGUAUCCACAGAUUUUGUAAAAAUUCAUCAAUGCUUACCGAGACGCUGAUGUUUUUUUAUGCUUCUUGUCUGAAAUGUUUUGUUCCACACCAAAAUGUGAGUCCAGUGUUUUCAGAUGAAUCUGCUCUGAGCAUUUACAAAUAGCUUUCUUUAAAAAAAAAAAAAAAAAAAAGGAGCUCGUGCCGAAGCUGUCGUGAUGUCGAGUGAUGUUUUCAUACAUUUCCACCCUGAAGAGCAUUUUGGUGCAAACUCACUUAAGCCACACUUAAACGCGGCUGUUGUGUUUUAGUUUAUCGCGUCUGGAAACUGUUUUCACCGUUUCCUUUACUAACACUAAAAAAACAUAGCUUGCUUUUUCAGAUUUAUCCACUUUGGAGUCCAAAUUCAAAAAUACUUGUGAAUCAUCUGACUUUUCCUCGCCCCUACUGAAGAGAGUGGAUUUUAGAGGAAUCCUCUUUUCUGAAAAGCUCCAUUUUUUCCUCAGUAAACCGAUGAUGUAGUGUGGACGGAGAGCCAGACUGGAUAGAAAAAGCAGAUCUGAAAUAAUUUGAUGUUGAGAAUGAUAUAUUAUCUCUCCAUAUUAAUUCACUGAUUCAUCUUUCUGUUAUAUAUAUUAUAUAUUUGCUUUGGAUGCUCGUUUCUAUCAGAAUUACCAGCCAAUAAAGCUUCAGUCAAACUGACAUUGGGGGGCUGAGCGAGGUAAAUAGUCUGUGUGUGAGAGAGAGAGAGCGGUAGAGUGAGGUUUUUUUUUGUGUGUGUGUGUGUGUGUGUGUGUGUGUGUGUGUGUGUGUGUAAUAGGGAGAGAGAGCGGUAGAGCGAGGUAUAGUCAGACUGUCCUCCGAUUGUUUCUGAUGUGUUCAGUUGGAGCUGAGCAGCUUCACAUCACAAAGCAAAAGACUCUCAACUCUUAAUUAACUUCAUUUAUUAACAGUUCAUUUUAAUUAACGCUUUAUUCUCAAUUUGUCACAUUUAGUUUUUGGAAUUAUUUCCAGCACAGUGUCGUGUGUCACAGAAACGAAAUCCUUCACUCCCUCCACCUCCAGGAGAUCAUCAUUAAAUGAAGGUGGAGGGGUUACAGGAGGACGGAGAGUCUGGUUCUGUGUCUUCAGCAGACCGGACCGGGGGAGGCGGUGCCGUCGUCACCACUGUUCGUAGCAGUGGGUCAGCGUGCAGCCCCGGCUCGGCCGAACUCUGCAUGUCACGACUGCUGAGCGCGGUGGAGAGCGAGCUGCAGGCCGGCCGGGAGAAGGGCGACCCGACAGAGAGGGAGCUGAGGGUGGCGCUGGAGGACGCCGAGCUGUGGAGGAAGUUUCAACACAUCACCAACGAGAUGAUCGUCACCAAGAACGGACGCCGUAUGUUCCCGGUCCUGAAGGUCAGCGUUUCCGGUCUGGACCCCAGCUCCAUGUACUCCUUCCUGCUGGACUUUGUGCCGGCCGACGGCUACCGAUGGAAGUUUGUGAACGGGGAGUGGGUGGCGGCCGGCCGGGCAGAGGGCCGCGGCGAGGGGCGGGGCCAUGGCGGCAUCUACAUCCACCCAGACUCUCCAAACUUCGGAGCUCACUGGAUGAAAGCGGCUGUGACCUUCAACAAGGUCAAACUCACCAACAAGGUCAACGGAGGAGGACAGAUUAUGUUGAACUCUCUCCAUAAGUACGAGCCUCAGCUCCACAUCGUCUGCGUCGGCUCACGCCAUCGUCUGGUUUCCAACGUUUCCUUCAAAGAAACUCAGUUCAUUGCGGUCACUGCCUAUCAGAACGAAGAGAUCACUGCUCUGAAGAUCAAAUACAACCCGUUUGCUAAAGCCUUCCUGGACGCCAAAGAGAGGAACCCAGGGGGACGAGGUUUAGUGGAGUCAUCAGAGAGUCGUGUUUCAGGGAUUCAACCCUGCUGGUCACUGUGCUCAGCUGGAGGAGGCGGGGCUUUUCCUUAUGGCAGCAGCCUCCCAUUGACGUCACAUCAUCACCAUGGUUACAAACACCACGGUUACCCGGGUCGACACACACCUUACCCCACGGCCUACCUGCCGCACCGCUCACACUCCUCGGUAUGUCUUUCUGAAGGCGUCCAGGUGUUAUCGGACGGAUGGAGCAGUCCCUCCCCUCGCCCUGCCUCCUCCUCUUCCUCUUCUUCCUCCUCUUCCUCCUCCACCUCCCUUACCCUGACCAGCAGUGCUCCUUCGUCACAGCCUCCUCCUCACAACUCCAGUCAGUAUCCCUGUCUGUGGACUGUGGGAUGCAGUGAGCUAAGCCCCUCCCACUCUCCAUGCACCGCUCUCCACGGACCAAUCAGCAGCGAGAGUCUCAUGCAGCCUCCCAAUCAUGGUCGAGUGGGUGGUUGGCCACCUGGCCCCACGCACUCCUUCUGAGGAGGGAUGUGAUUGAUCGGAUGGGUAACUGAGAUAAUUCACUCUGGCUGUUCCUUACUGGUAUUUACUGGUGACUAAACAUAAGCACUGGUAGUUCUUUACUAAUAUUGUUGGUUAUUUUUGCAAACUGGUGCCUAUUUGUGGCUACAUGUAACAAUCCAGUGACUACUGGUAAAACUAAUGGGUAGUUGUAGUUAGUGUUUGUAAAUACUGGUGCUUACAGUUAAUUGCAAUUAAUACUUGUAACUGGUGUUGGUGACUACUGGUAACGACUGGUGGCUUUGUUUGCUACUUACCUAGAGGUGGCUACUGAGAGCUGUUAACCACCAGUGACUGCUGCCUCUCUGGGUAUUGGCAAACCAACGGUAGCCACUGGCGGCCACUGGUAACUACCGUUGGUUAAUAUUCACUGUUAAUAUCUAUUGAUUACCAACAUAUGUUGGUAAUGUUGGCUACCAGUGGGUAGUUAAGCUACACUAUUUAUUGCAUGUAAAGAAAUCUUAUAAUUUAUUUCACAAAUUAACAUCUGCAUAAAAGUAGCCUGUCAAAAGUUACUGAAUUACAAAGAUCAGAGUUUGCAGAUCAGUCCUGAUGCUGAUUCUUAGACAUACUGUACUGAUGUUGUUGGUGUUACGGCACCCCCUGGUGUUUAUUUAUCCUGUCCUCACAGGAAUGGCUGCUGGGUGUCCGGCAGAGUCCAGUGUGUCUUUAUGUAAACAUGUAUAUAUCUGUACAGUCCAUCAGCUGUGUUUGAAGAAAAGAGAAUCAUAUUGAUCGAUACUGGUCGAUGGGGCUAGUUGACAGAGGGUUUUUUUGUUUGUUUUUAUAAGACAUAUAUUUCCUGUCCAGUAUUGUUGGUUAUUUCAGCAGCUACAUGUUAUUGCUUUGUGUUGUGUCUGUUCUUCUGAUCGCUUCUGAAAAGCAGAAAUAAAACAGUAAAAAUGCAUAGAUGAAAAUCUACAAUUUAAGAACUUUUGCUCUGUUGCUUGUGGAAAUGCAGAAUUAUUAUUCUGCUCUUGUCUUUGUCUUGUCUUUGUUGUUGGUCUUGUUGUUGUUGUUGCUGCAUUAGGUUUACAGCAUGAAUGAGACAGAGAAAGAAUGUUUCUGCUCAGUGUCAAUAAAGGUUUAAAGGACAAUUUGCUUCUAAUAUCCUAUUUUUCUCAAAAGAAGACAUUUUCACAGGAAUAUACAA